UAUAACAGUCAAGUCAAGCAAAGCAAAGCGAGGCUAGCGAAUAGUCUUCUGUUGUUUUUGUUUUGUUUACAUAUUUUACCACAAAAACAAAGCGGAAAAUGUUAUUUUAUUCAUUUUUCAAAUCCUUGGUUGGAAAAGACGUUGUAGUAGAACUAAAAAAUGAUCUCAGCAUAUGCGGCACGUUACAUUCUGUGGAUCAAUAUUUGAAUAUAAAGUUGUCGGAUAUUAGCGUUAUAGAUUCAGACAAAUAUCCACAUAUGCUAUCAGUGAAGAACUGUUUUAUUCGUGGCUCCGUCGUUCGUUAUGUUCAACUACCAGCUGAUGAAGUUGAUACCCAAUUAUUGCAAGAUGCUGCAAGGAAAGAGGCUACCGUUUCAACAAGAUAAACCUAACCUCAAAUUGAGUAUUGGCUCUCAAAUCGGUUCCGGUCACGAAAGAAGUGGUUGUAAAUACUAAUUAUAAGUUUUGGAAUAAUAUACGAUGUGAAUUGAAUAUUGCUCCUUUUUUAACUAUUACAGUAUAAUACCUUGUACUCUUUAGAAUAUUUAUUGUGUACAUCCACUGAAAUAAUGCAUCCUUGAAAUUGAUCGAUUUUCCUUGAUAACCCUUGUAAUGUUGUAUUUCAAUACAUGCUUAAAACAAUUCCAUAGCUUUACAUCCAUAUAUUGAAACCAAAUGUAUGCAUUUGGUGAAAAAUGAAUGGA